UACCCCUUUUGUGUCCACAGCCUCUCAGCUCUGAGCUGUCUGCCCUCCAGACCCCUGGGAUGGCGUGAGUGCUUCCCUAGCAAUGGACCCAUCUGUGACGCUGUGGCAGUUUCUGCUGCAGCUGCUGAGAGAGCAAAGCAAUGGCCAUAUCAUCUCUUGGACCUCACGGGAUGGUGGUGAGUUCAAGCUGGUGGAUGCAGAGGAGGUGGCCCGGCUAUGGGGACUGCGCAAGAACAAGACCAACAUGAAUUAUGACAAGCUUAGCCGGGCCUUGCGGUACUACUAUGACAAGAACAUCAUCCGAAAGGUGAGCGGCCAGAAGUUCGUUUACAAGUUUGUGUCAUACCCUGAGGUCGCGGGGUGCUCCACUGAGGACUGCCUGCCCCAGCCUGAGGUGUCUGUCACCUCCUCCGUGGCAAAUGUGGCCCCUGCUGCUGUACACGUUGCCCCCGGGGACUCUGCCUCGGGGAAGCCAGGCACACCCAAGGGCACAGGAAUGGCAGGCCCAGGCGGCUUGGCACGCAGCAGCCGGAACGAGUACAUGCGCUCAGGCCUCUAUUCCACCUUCACCAUCCAGUCCUUGCAGCCACAGCCCCCGCCUCAGCCUCAGCCACAGCCACCCCCUCAUCCUCGGCCUGCCUCGGUGCUCCCCAACACCGCCUCUGCAGGAGCAGCAGCACCCCCCUCAGGGAGCAGUAGCACCAGUCCAAGCCCCUUGGAGGCUUGCCUGGAGGCAGAGGAGGCUGGCCUGCCUCUGCAGGUUAUCCUGACCCCGCCCGAGGCCCCGAACCCGAAAUCAGAGGAGAUGAAUGUGGAACCGGGGCUGGGCCGGCCACUGCCCCCAGAAGUGAAAGUGGACAGGCCCAAAGAAGAGUUGAAAACUGCGACCAGUGGGGAGGCGGGGUUUGUGCCGGAAGCCACUAAGGUUGGGCCGGAAAUUCCUCCCGCGGUCGUUAUGGAGACGGCCACUCAAGGGGCAGGCCUAGCAUCUUCCACAGCUUCCAGCACAGAGAUCGUGCAGCCACAGAAGGGCCGGAAGCCCCGGGACUUGGAGCUUCCACUCAGCCCGAGCUUGCUGGGUGGGCCGGGACCAGAACGGACUCCAGGAUCAGGAACUGGCUCUGGCCUGCAGGCUCCGGGGCCGGCACUGACACCGUCCCUGCUACCGACGCAUACAUUGACCCCGGUGCUGCUGACGCCCAGCUCGCUGCCCCCCAGCAUUCACUUCUGGAGCACCCUGAGUCCCAUUGCACCCCGUAGCCCGGCCAAGCUCUCCUUCCAGUUUCCGUCCAGUGGCAGCGCCCAAGUGCACAUUCCUUCCAUCAGCGUGGACGGCCUUUCAACCCCCGUGGUGCUCUCCCCAGGGCCCCAGAAGCCAUGACUACCACCAACAUCACCCUCUGCUGGGGUCACUCCAUUCAUGCCCCCAAUCUUCUCUCCAGCCAGCCUUCUCAAGAAGAAACAAUUCAACUGACAGACUCACGCUCUGGUUUGGGGAUGGGGACUCUUGGGAAGAAGGAUCUGAGUAACCCCUACCCCUAUACACACACGCAGAAAGCACAACUUCUUCGUCAGCCCCCCAGUGGCCGCCCUUACUCGUCUUCUACUUCAGUGGUAGGGACGGUUUAUUUAUUUAUUUUUUGAAGGCCAUUGGGAGGAGUCUGGCCCUCCCUUUUAGGGGGUUGGUGAGGACAUCUUCCCCAUCUCUACAUUUUUCCCCCAAGAUGAGACAAUCAGGGUCUGGCAUGAGAAGAGCAUUUCUUUAUUUAUUUCUCAGCUAGCCCUUGGGGAGAUGUGGGAGCCUUGUCUCCUUUUUAGGUGGGUAGAAGAGCUAGGUUGAUUUAUUUUCUUGUUCCUGGACAUACCCAAAGGUCUAGGAAGAAUUCUGCACCGUUUAACAGUUUGGGAGUCUUGGCCAAGGAAGACUCACACCCUUGGAAUAGAACUUUUUACCUCUCCAACCUUUCUUUCAGACAGCUUGUCCUUUUUUCAACCAACUUUUUGGUGAGGGAGGAACGCCCCCUUUGCUCUUCUCCCCCCUGAGAAGCCAUUCCUUUGUCUGCCAAACU